AUGGAAAAAUGCAUUAUUGGUGAUCCUCUCCCUAUUUCUCACAACUAUUUCCAACCUGGUGAUUUCAUCAUUGGUGGCAUUACUUCUCUUAUGUUCAUGCCUACAGAACUAGAAAGCUUCUUGGAAGAUCCCCAUCUUUCAUUUAAUGGUGAAGUCAUUCCUUUGGUGAAUGACAAAGAUAAUGGCAUUUGCACACUGACAGAGAAAUUGGAGAAUGUUCCAGGUGCUUUUUAUGAAAUGAGCAUGACUGGACACAGUUAUAAUAUAUACAAUGCAGUUUAUGCUAUAGCUCAUGCUUUACAUGACAUGCAGAUUGAAAACACACACAAUAGAAUGCUUAAUGGUGGGAAACUGAGUGUUCAGGAACAACAGCCAUGGCAGCUCCACCAGUUUCUGAAAGAGAUCUCUUUUAAUAACAGUGCUGGGGAUAGAAUUCAAUUCGAUGAGAGGAGGGAAUUGAUAGUUGGAUUUGAUAUUAUAAACUGGAUCACAUUCCCAAAUCAAUCCUUCAAUAGAGUGAAAGUGGGGAAGAUGGAUCCCUGGGUUCAAGAGAAAAAAAUAACUAUUCAUGAUGAAACCAUCACCUGGCACAACUCUUUCAACCAAACCUUACCUGUUUCAGUUUGCACUGAGAGCUGCCUUCCUGGUUAUUUCAAGAAACAACAGAAGGGGAAGCCAUUUUGCUGCUAUGAUUGUUUUCCAUGUCCUGAAGAAAAAAUUUCAAGCCAGAAGGACAUGCACAUUUGUUCUAAAUGUCCAGAAGACCGAUAUCCAAGCAAGGACAAAGAUUCAUGUCUUCCCAAGAAAAUAUCUUUCUUGUCCUAUGAAGAACCAAUAGGAAUAAGUCUAAUCGUUCUGGCACUUUUUUUUUCUUUCUGCACACUUGUGGUGCUAGCAACAUUUUUGAAGUAUCACCAUACUCCCAUUGUCAAGGCCAAUAACCGAAAUCUCAGUUAUAUUCUACUCAUCUCCCUCCUCCUCUGCUUUCUUUGUUCACUGCAGUUCCUUGCUGCACCUGGAAAUCUAAUAUGUCUCCUCCGACAAGUUAGCUUUGGCAUCAUCUUCUCAGUGGCUGUGUCUUCUGUGCUGGCAAAAACCAUCACUGUAGUUCUGGCUUUCAUGGCCACCAAGCCAGGAUCCAGGAUAAGAAAAUGGGUGGGAAGAGGACUGGCCACCUCCAUUGUUUUUUCUGGUUCGUUUGUUCAAGCUGGUAUCUGUACAGUGUGGUUGUUCAUAUUUCCCCCUUUCCCUGAUAUUGACACCCAUUCGGAAAUUGAGGAAAUGAUACUGCAAUGCAAUGAAGGAUCAGAUAUUAUAUUCUACUGUGUCCUGGGCUACCUGGGCUUACUGGCAAUGGCCAGUUUCACUGUAGCAUUUUUCUCAAGGAAUCUCCCCAGCAGUUUCAAUGAGGCCAAAUGUCUCACAUUUAGCAUGCUAAUCUUCUGCAGUGUGUGGAUCUCUUUUGUUCCAUCCUAUCUUAGCACCAAAGGCAAAUACAUGGUAGCUGUGGAGGUUUUCUCCAUUUUGGCCUCUAGCAUUGGAUUGCUGGGCUGCAUAUAUUUCCCAAAAUGUUAUGUAAUCAUUUUUAGGCCAGACCUAAACAACAGAGAACAACUCAAGAAAUCACAUUCAUCUAGGAAAAACAAAACAAAAAUAUGA